AAGUGCUAAUACCUUAACAGUGCACACACUCACAGAGGCUGCAUGAGAGCGCAGGUUUAGUGAGGAUUUGCUCUGUAUUAAUCCUGACAGGGAACAGAGAGAGCCAGCUGGAGCGUGCAGGGAAGAGGCAGAGCAGGCACCAAACAACAACAACAACAACAAAAAAGUAUUUGGGCUGGAAAACACUGGAAGACAGUAUGGAGUGUACUUGUGAGAUAAAAGUUAAGCUUAGGUUCUUGUGAGCGUCCUCAAAGCAACAAGUAAUUACUCCAAGGUUAUAGUGGUAGAAGGAAACUCAGACGGACAGUCACAAUAUGUCAGCGUGAGAAAGUUUCGUCACCCAGAACUUCAGAGACGGCAGGACGGAGUGACAUGGGGCACCCUACUGUGCCGCUUUCCUAUAAACAAGCUCGGGCUCACAGGAAUAAACACAUAUCCAGCCGCCUGCAACCCUACACACCAAACGAUAAUUUGAACAACGCACUGGGUGCAAUCAGAGUUCUAGGUGUGGAGCUGAUUGAAGAUGAACUCAAACCUCAUUUGAUCACAGUGCUGGCAAACAUUAGGGAGAAAAAGAAAGGCGCUGCUGAGCAGGUUGUGAUCAGCGGGAUCCUGCCAAUCCUGGCUCUGUCUCUGAGAAGCAGAGGGCCUCUGACUUUGUUGACUGUAAAACUGGUGGCUGAGCUUGCCAAGGAAUCUGUGGUUCGUAAAGGUUUUGGGGACGCAGGCUUGGCUACAGCCCUGCUGUCAGUUCUGACCAGCACAAACGAAGAGCUGCUCAUUUAUGCAGCAAGAGCCAUCUCACGCAUGUCUUAUGACAGCUCUAAGCAGCAAGAAUUGCUGCUACGCCGAGGUGCGGUGCCACGCCUUGUUGCCAUCUUGCUCCGUUUCCCUGAUAAGGAGGCUCUGGAGGAGGUGUGCCUCAUGGCUCUCUGUAACCUCGGCGGCAUGGCAGUACCAGAGGAGGCAGGUAUGAUCUGGGAAAGAGGAGUGCCCGUGAGGCCGGGGGAGUGCGUGUUUCAUGGCGUUUCUCCUCACACCUGUGGCUUCGCCUCUUCUGUGACGCUGGUCCGGGUCUCUCAGUGGGGGCCCGGCCAGUACAUGGUCAGCAUCGAGGACUUCCAGCGCUGCUCCUCCUCCUUCUGGAGUCUCCAUGGGAACAAACGGGCUGUGCACUGGUUCCCGUUCUUCAGAUUGGGCAGCUGCUCAAAUAUGUUUAAGGUGAUCAAGUUCUCGACCAGGAACAUUCCUCGGACAAAGAGUCUGAAGACUCGUGUGUUCCACACCUUCCUGUGACAGCUUGCAAAUAUGGUGGCCUUACAAAAUGGACUAUAAAACACUGAAGCCUCCAUCCAUCUAUCCUACCCUGGAUGAGUCACAGCGGAGAGCAGCAUCAAUACUAUGUUGACUGUUGUACUCUUUGAGAAGAAGAAAAAAAAAAAAAGGAGCUUCAUCACUAAACAUGGAAGAUGGGAACAACAUUUUGUAAAAAUAAUAAUAAAAUGACCCAUGGGAGAACCAUGAGUUCUGUAUGUUAACAAGGAGCACCUA